CCCUCCUCCGCCUCCUGGGCGGAGCCCGCGCGGGAUCCGGGUGGCUGCAGGCUGUGGCUUCGGCGGCUGCGGGGCCGGGGUCGCGGCCAGGGCCAGGCCGCAGAGAGUUCAAAGGCGGAAUCCCUGCGGGCGGCGCCCCUUACGCGAGGUCACCCCUGGGAAGGAGCGCAGCCUGCCCCGCCCCUCCGCAUUCGAGCAGGACGCCUGUCUCCUCUCCCUGAGGAUUUCAGGUCUCCCUGUCCCGGGAGGCUAGUGCCAAGAUGGCAUCAGCUGGAGACCCCCCGGCAGGCCCACGGGAUGCAGCAGAUCAGAACUUCGACUAUAUGUUCAAACUGCUACUGAUAGGCAACAGCAGCGUGGGCAAGACUUCCUUCCUGUUCCGAUACGCGGACGACUCCUUCACGCCCGCCUUCGUCAGCACCGUGGGCAUUGACUUCAAGGUCAAGACCGUCUACCGCCAUGACAAGAGGAUCAAGCUGCAGAUCUGGGACACGGCGGGCCAGGAGCGCUACCGCACCAUCACCACAGCCUACUACCGGGGAGCCAUGGGCUUCCUGCUCAUGUAUGACGUCGCCAAUCAGGAAUCCUUUGCCGCCGUGCAGGACUGGGCCACGCAAAUCAAGACCUACUCCUGGGACAACGCCCAGGUCAUCCUGGUGGGGAACAAGUGUGACCUGGAGGACGAACGUGUCGUGCCUGCCGAGGAUGGCCGGAGGCUUGCCGAUGACCUUGGUUUCGAGUUCUUUGAAGCCAGCGCCAAGGAGAACAUCAAUGUGAAGCAGGUCUUCGAGCGCCUGGUGGAUGUCAUCUGCGAGAAGAUGAACGAGUCCCUGGAACCCAGCUCCAGCUCAGGCAGCAAUGGGAAAGGCCCGGCCGUGGGGGAUGCUCCAGCCCCCCAGCCCAGCAGCUGCAGCUGCUAGAGAUGUCCCCAAACCCCCUACCCACCUCUCUCCGGCCUCGGCAGGGACUGUGAUUGAGGCAUGAGCCACAAUGGUUAUCUCCAAGCUCAGGGCAAUCCCUUCCCUUCUGUCAACUGCCCCCCGACUCCUGCAUGGCUCAUUCUUUCACAAUGUCGCCGUGGCUGCCAGGUUGCUCAGGCAGCCCCGGUGAGAGGCUACAGACCAUGGGGACUCAGCUCUGC